AUGUGCAAGGCACAGCACGAGGCACAACACUUAUCCAAUCCACACGAGAUCAUAGACAUGACUUCUGAUAAAGGGGGAUCAUUGGAACUUCUUCAUUGCCCAUCCCACAAAGAAAAAAGGCUACAGUUCUACUGUAAUCGGGAAGCAUGUCUGGAGGAAGUAUGCCCCGAUUGCGUAAUUGAAAAGCAUAACGGGCAUAAAGUAGAAAAGUUGGGUGAAGUGUACAAUCAGAUCAGAGCUAAACUUCAGAAAGAGAGUAAUGAGAUUGAUACUGAACUCCUGCCAAAGUAUGAAAAAUUAUUGAGGAAAGAAGAUGCAAAGAUAUCUCGAGUUUCAAAAAGAAUUGAUGAAGUUCAGAAACAGAUGGAAGCGCAUGCAAACAAAAUAGUAGGAAAAGUAACAGCUAUCAAAGAAAAGAGAGUGCAGGAUCUACAAAAAGAAAAAGAGAAGGCAUUGAAAUCAAUCGAGGCAACAAAAAAUACUCUAGAGAAAAAUAUUGAACAGCUGAGGGGAAUUAAAACUCAAUUAGACCAAAAAAUAGAUGCAAGGCCAUGUACUGCAUUUUUAAAUGCCGGUAAAAACAAGAGGCUUACAGAAAUGGAAGAGUUCCCAAAAGAUAUUGAAUACACACUUGACAAUUUUAGGGCCGGUGACAUCGAAACGAUAGUACAGGAAAACCAUUUUGGAACUUCUCCACAAAUCACUCAAACAAUACAGCCAGAAAAUUUAAAGAAUGUGAAAGAAAUUAUUCCGUAA